AUGUAUUCGAUUUUUUGGUCCCGUGGUUGUGUUUUUUGGAUCCUUUGUCAAAGACAGACAGCCAAGAUUUUAGCCCACAGUCCCAAAAAGGUUCUCUGUGUGCAUUCAUUGUUGGAGCACACGGACGUAACGAUCAUGUACGACAAUGAAGUCCUCUACGAUAUUUGUCGCAGGAACUUGGACAUUGAACGCCCAACUUACACUAAUUUGAACAGGCUGAUUGCCCAGAUUAUCUCGAGCUUGACCGCCUCCCUUCGUUUUGAUGGGGCAUUGAAUGUGGACAUCACUGAGUUCCAAACGAAUUUGGUUCCAUAUCCGCGCAUCCACUUCAUGUUGACCUCCUAUGCUCCAGUCAUCUCCGCGGAGAAGGCAUACCAUGAGCAGCUUUCUGUGGCAGAGAUCACCAUGUCCGUGUUCGAACCAGCCUCGAUGAUGGUGAAGUGUGACCCCCGCCACGGCAAGUACAUGGCUUGCUGCAUGAUGUACCGUGGAGAUGUGGUGCCAAAGGAUGUGAAUGCGGCAGUUGCCACCAUCAAGACCAAGCGAACCAUCCAGUUCGUGGAUUGGUGCCCCACUGGCUUCAAGUGCGGCAUCAACUAUCAACCGCCUACUGUGGUUCCUGGAGGUGAUUUGGCCAAAGUCAUGCGCGCCUGCUGCAUGAUAUCAAACUCCACUGCGAUCGCAGAAGUCUUUUCUCGCAUCGACCACAAGUUCGACCUCAUGUACUCGAAACGUGCCUUUGUGCACCACUAUGUCGGUGAAGGCAUGGAAGAAGGUGAAUUCUCCGAAGCCCGUGAGGACUUGGCGGCCUUGGAGAAAGAUUACGAAGAGGUCGGCAUCGAAACUGCAGAGGAGAUGAGUUCUGAGUCUCACCCGCGUGAGACGAAGACGGAUAUCCGACCAACAUCCAGAUGUGAUGCGCAGCCGAACUCCGUGCAUUCUGCGCGAGGUGCUGCCAAAAUGAACGCAGCAGCCCGGGUUCCGGAAGCUGGGGAGUUCACACCAGACAUAUUGUGCUGGGAGCUUUUCUGUUUGGAGCACGGCAUCCAACCUGAUGGCCAGAUGCCUUCCGACAAGACCAUCGGUGGUGGAGAUGACGCAUUCAAUACGUUCUUCUCCGAAACUGGCGCAGGCAAGCACGUACCCCGGUGUGUGAUGGUCGACUUGGAACCGACAGUUGUUGAUGAGGUGCGCACGGGCACCUACCGUCAGCUCUUCCAUCCAGAACAGUUGAUUUCCGGAAAAGAAGACGCGGCCAACAACUUUGCACGAGGUCACUAUACCAUUGGCAAAGAGAUUGUGGAUUUGGUCCUGGACAGGAUUCGGAAAUUGGCGGACAACUGCACAGGACUGCAAGGGUUCUGCGUCUACAAUGCUUGUGGAGGUGGCACUGGUUCUGGCCUGGGUUGCCUGAUGUUGGAGCGUUUGUCAGUGGAUUACGGCAAAAAGAGCAAAAUCUCCUUCACUGUGUGGUGCUGCCCACAGGUUGCCACAGCAGUUGUCGAACCCUACAACACCGUUCUCUGCGUGCAUUCAUUGUUGGAGCACACGGACGUAACGAUCAUGUACGACAAUGAAGCUCUCUACGAUAUUUGUCGCAGGAACUUGGACAUUGAACGCCCAACUUACACUAAUUUGAACAGGCUGAUUGCCCAGAUUAUCUCGAGCUUGACCGCCUCCCUUCGUUUUGAUGGGGCAUUGAAUGUGGACAUCACCGAGUUCCAAACCAAUUUGGUUCCAUAUCCGCGCAUCCACUUCAUGUUGACCUCCUAUGCUCCAGUCAUCUCCGCGGAGAAGGCAUACCAUGAGCAGCUUUCUGUGGCAGAGAUCACCAUGUCCGUGUUCGAACCAGCCUCGAUGAUGGUGAAGUGUGACCCCCGUCACGGCAAGUACAUGGCUUGCUGUAUGAUGUACCGUGGAGAUGUGGUGCCAAAGGAUGUGAAUGCGGCAGUUGCCACCAUCAAGACCAAGCGAACCAUCCAGUUCGUGGAUUGGUGCCCCACUGGCUUCAAGUGCGGCAUCAACUAUCAACCACCUACUGUGGUUCCUGGAGGUGAUUUGGCCAAAGUCAUGCGCGCCUGCUGCAUGAUAUCGAACUCCACCGCGAUCGCAGAAGUCUUUUCUCGCAUCGACCACAAGUUCGACCUCAUGUAUUCGAAACGUGCCUUUGUGCACCACUAUGUUGGUGAAGGCAUGGAAGAAGGUGAAUUCUCCGAAGCCCGUGAGGACUUGGCGGCCUUGGAGACGCUUGGCGUUUCGGGCCAGAAGUUUGGUGAUGAUGAUGGUGGUGAUGGUGAUGGUGAUGAUGAUGAUGAUGAAGAAGAUGAUGAUUGA